AUGCUGGCUCGUGAUGAUCCUCAUAUUGAAAAGCUCAUCUCGCAGAUGACGCUUGAAGAGAAAGCAGGUCAGCUCACGAUUUUGGCUGACACAGUCCGGCCCUGCAAUCCGGAUAUCAAUCCGGAGGUCAAUCACCGGCAGGCUCAUGAAAUGGUGGAGCAAAUUCGCAAGAGCCGAGUGGGGUCUCUCUUCAACGGUGUCGGCAUCAAGGAGGGCCGAGAGGCACAACGCCUCGCGGUCGAGGAGACGCGUCUGGGGAUCCCCCUGAUCUUUGGCAGCGAUGUGAUUCAUGGCAUGUGGACGGUCUUUCCCAUCCCACUGGGCGAAGCGGCGAGCUUCGAUCCAGACUUGGCAUUCCAGACCGCGCGCGCGACGGCCUUGGAGACCACGGCCUCCGGCGUUCACUGGACUUUUGCACCCAUGGUUGAUGUCGCCAGGGACCAAAGGUGGGGACGAGUUGCAGAAGGUUCUGGAGAAGAUGUCUUCCUGGGCAAACAGCUGGGAGUUGCACGAGUCAGAGGCUUCCAAGGAAAUGAUCUACGUGCUGAGGACAGUCUGCUGGCAACACCCAAGCACUUCGCUGCUUACGGAGGGGUUUCAGGAGGCAUGGACUACAACUUCGUGGAGAUUUCUGAGGCGACCCUUCGUGAUGUGCAUCUUCCUGCUUUCAAGGCUUGCAUAGAUGCGGGUGCUUUGACGUUGAUGAGUGCCUUCAACGACAUUGCCGGCGUGCCAGCAUCAGGAAACCGGUGGCUAUGUACGCAGGUGUUGCGCAAUGAGUGGGGGUUUAAAGGUUUCAUUGUAUCAGACUACACGGCCGAUGAAGAGCUUAUUUGCCAUGGCUUUGCAGCAGAUGGGCGUGAUGCCGCUCGACUCGCGUUCAAAGCAGGUGUAGACAUGAGUAUGCAGAGCGGCUUGUACGUGCAGCACAUGCAAGAUCUGGUCGCUAAAGGGGAUGUGUCCAUGGAGGAGGUCGAUGAAGGAGUUCGACGCAUUCUGAAGAUCAAGAAAGCCAUUGGCCUCUUCGAGAAUCCGUACAAGUGCUUAGACCCAAAGCUUGAUGAGAAGAUGGAGAAGCUGCGAGCAGCUCACGAGCCGCUGGCCAGAGAGGCUGGCCGCAAGUCAAUAGUUCUCCUCAAGAAUGACUCGAAAGUGCUACCUCUGAAGAAAUCUGGACAGAAGAUAGCCUUGAUUGGGCCUUUUUCGACGGAUACACAGAACCUUCAAGGUUGCUGGACAGUAUACGGUGACAAGAAAAGAGCAGUUCCGCUGGAUGUUGGCAUCCGCAAAGCUUUGUCUAAGGUUGAUGACCUUGAGAUUGUGCAGGGCUGCGACUUUGAGACUGCUUUAGACGGAGGAAUUGAGAAAGCUGUUGCGGCAGCCAAAAGGGCUGAGGUCGUUGUCCUCGCCGUCGGAGAGCCGGAGAAUUUCUCUGGUGAGUCGCAAUCCCGCACGCAGAUCAUCAUCCCGCCAGCGCAGCAGGCUCUGGCCGAAGCAGUGUCAGCAACAGGAACCCCUGUUGUGGCGUUGCUACGGACUGGACGGGCGCUCGCACUCUACGGAGCUGUCCGGGACGCACAAGCGAUUCUGGUCACGUGGUUUCUGGGUACCCAAACUGGACCCGCCAUUGCAGACGUUCUCUUCGGUGACUACAACCCUGCAGGUCAUCUUCCGGUCAGCUUCCCCGCGGACUCCGGGCAGCAGCCCUUGUUUUACAACGCUCCGCGGACUGGACGCCCGCAAGGCGAUGGACCUCGCACUUUCAAAGCGAGUUGGAGGGAAGUGCCGAGCAAAGCCUUGUAUCCGUUUGGCUAUGGCCUGAGCUACACGGAGUUUUCUUUCACCAAGCCAAACCUCAGCACCAACAAGCUGGGCUGGGACCAGGCGCUUCAGGUGACGGCACAGGUGAGCAAUACCGGUGCGUUGGCUGGCGAGAAAGUAGCGCAGCUGUACGUGCACGACUGUGUUGCAAGUCGGGUGCGACCGGUGCGAGAGCUGAAGGGUUUUCAGAAGGUGCUCUUGAAAGCUGGCGAGACAAAGACUCUCACGUUUCAGAUCUCAAGGCACGACCUGGCUUUCCACGGGGCCGAUGGCAAGCUCGUAGCAGAACCUGGCGAGUUCCACGUUUGGAUUUCUGGCUGCUCAGCAUCUGGGGAACACGAGAAGUUUGAUUUGCUCGGGCACGUCUGCAAGCUUGCUCUUUUGAGUGGUGCUGAUGGGCGGCCGCGCACUCUCGAAGGCAAGAAGACGCAGUCAUACUUGGGAAGGGUGGCUGGUGCCACAACUGCGGUUUUGACCGAGGCUUCAAGCCUUCUGCUGGAAGAGAUUUCCGGUUGUCCUGUUGGUGUGCCGGAAGUACCGAAAAGCACCCAGAGGAAAGCCAGCUUCUCGCAGAAGGGUUCAUCGGCAGAGUCGAAGAGCUUCGCAGCCAGUGUGGGUCGCCCGCAGAGUGCUGCGCGAUCCAAGACGUUGCUGCUAAUGGACAGGCCUCUCAAGCGAGAGCGAAGGGGUCGAGCGGGGGAGUUUCGGCAGCGCUUGGAUGUGCUGCUGGCGACCGACUCCAGCGAGAAGGAUCUGGUCCGCAAAGCCUGCCUGAAGCGGGGCGUCAGGCCUGACAGCAUUGCCUCUAAAGUGAGCUUCGACGUGGGAAAGGCAAGAAAAGCCAACAAGGCAAGCGGAGUAAGAGGUACCGUUCGAUGUGGCUGUAUUUGGAGAGGACAGCGUAAGGACGAGAUGCCGUAUCGAAACGACAGCAUGCCCAUAUUUGUCAGCAAAGGAAAGGGAAGCAUCGGCAAUGCACUCUCGCCCUUCAAUGUGAAGGUUCCUGGCAAGAUGAUCAGUUGGGCGACAGAGGAUGGUAAGCAGGGAGGGAAGCCACUGCCCAUUGACCGGCCCCUGGAACUCGUUUGGCAGGCAGCCAAAGUCGCCGAAGGAGAGGACUGGCCCUCCUACUUUGCGCGGCGCGCAAAAAUCUAUAAGAAAGGAAAGCCUCAGAGACGCUAUUUGGAUCGGGAUGCAAAGAUCGCAGGCUCUUGCCUCGGCCUUCCUGAAACUGUUCCUUACGUGCCUUCUAGAGCCUUCUAUUGCACCGCCUAUGAAAGAGCCCUCUCCAGCCUGGAAGAGUUCCAGCUCCUGGAAGACCUGGUUGCUGAAGGUUUCAACCUGAUGCUCCUCGGCCCGGAUGGGUUCCCCAUGUGCGAAGAGAGAGGUGCCGUCGCGAAGGCAUACAAAGAUGGCUCUCGGUCGUUUGGACAUGAGCGAGUCUUGGUCGCCAUGCUGCGGCAAGAGCUUUAUGACCGCUUCGAUGGGGACCUCAGCAAGCUUCCCGCCUUGCUGCAGCUGCUGGAAGACAGGUGGGAGUUCCCUGCCAGGGUGUUUCCACUCCUAUGGACGCACAUACGACGGGCCUCUGGCCGUGCUGAAGAUCAUAGCAAGCCACUAAGCAAAGACGACUGGGAGAGCGAUGUUGCAGAGAAGAAGGCUGCUAUGAAGAAGCUGUACAUGUCAGCGUUCCUAAGCGUGGCACAGACAGUCAUCACCAUUCAGUCGGAGCCACUGCUCGUCAAGGAGCUCGCGGGUGGCGACAUUGGGCUCACUGCGAAGCUGCUUGCCAACACGCAAGGCUUCGUUGGUGUGCUGGGCAUCAUUGUCAACCAGACUGGUGGCAAAUUCUCCGAUGCUCUGGGAAGAAAGCAAUUUCUCGCACUGGGGCCUCUGGCAAACAUUCUGUUCGGCUUGAUGAUAUUUCGAAACUCCCAGAGGCUCAGGGUAGUCUUGCCAGUGCGGGUUCUAAGAGCAAUCCUGACGACAUUCUCGAGCACGGUGAUGCUCACAGCGGCCCUGUCAGACGUGGCCCAGGGCGCCGAGCUGGGCGCUGCCUUGAGCAAGAUGGGGGCUGCUGUCGGUGCGGGCAUAGUUAUUACGCCGUUUGUGGAGGCUCUCUUCUUGCAAAGAUCCAAAAGCCCGCGAACGGCGUACUUGGUGUUGUCGGCACUGGGAUGCGUGCAUGCGGCAUUCGUGGGGUUGUCGGUGCCGGAAACACUUCGACGCGCACAGAGGAAGACCCUGGCAUCUGCCAUGCAGCUGUCUUCUAUCAAUCCGUUUGGCUUCUUGAACAUCUUCCGAAGGGGAUCUGUGGGCCUGCAGAAGAUGAUCUGUAUUCAAACCUUGCAGAUGUUCUUAGAAGGGAAGAACUUGAGCGACCUGGUGGAGCUCUGGAAAAGGGAACAUCUCAAGUGGACCGUGGAGGGAAGCCGCAACUUUGUGAUGAUCUAUGGCACGCUUAGCAUCCUUUCGGGUAUCUAUGUGACUCCUUACUUCCUCAAAAACCUCAGUGCCCGCGGCUUCACAUCUGCAACGAAUCUGCUGAAUCUUUUGGGAUUCCUGCUACGUGGUGCCAAAGAGCAAUCCUGGAUCUUCCUGCUGGCGAUCAUUCCGAUGCUUCCAGGCGUCAACGGCGCUAGUGCCACCGCCCUGAAGUCCAUCAGUGCCGACCUGGCCACGUCUGAAGGCUUCGGCAAAGGUGAGUUCUCCGCCUGGACCAACAACCUGCGUGCCUUGGCUGGCGCGGUUGCAACAGUGUUCUAUGGGAAUUACUAUUCCUGGUGCAAGCGGACCGGAACUCCCGCGGGGACCACCUUUGCCCUUGCCGGUCUCGUCGGAGCAGCGCUCCCAGAGCUCCUGCUGCGUCUGACGAGGGACAGCGAAAUCCAGAGAUCGAAGCAAGCUGCAGCUUUCGACAACUGGCUGCAAGCGCUGAGAACGCGGUGUGGCUACUCCAAGAUAGCCAACAUUGGUGGUGGACUGGACAAGAAGCCAGUUGCGGAUAAGUCCCACUCGUCGUUCGGGAAGCCCAAAGGGCACUACUGUGAUGAUCCAGGAAACUUUUUGAAAAAGAGCGAGAAGACCGGGGGCAAGGUACUCUCCUUGAAAGAAAUGAAGAAAGAGCAUCCUGAAGCCUUGCUUCCGACGCAGCUGAAAGAGCAAACGCGUGGAGGAGUUCCAAAAGCCUCCGAACAGCCAGUGAUGAAUCUGGUGACCAGCAAGAACUUCGUCGUAGCGAAUGCCGUGGAGGUGAUCCUGGCAGCUCCGAAGAAGGUGCCAGAGGGCACGAAGGAUUAUCUCAAGAAAGAGGAUUAUGGAAAGGUGCCGAAGUACUUGCAGAACAUCAAACAGGACAUCGAGGCAGAGUAUCAAUACAUCAGGGCCCUGCAAGAGCAGCAGGAGCAGGCAGAGGCUGAGCGAGUUCGGCCCAUGACAGAGGACGAGCGCCAAAGCCUUCUGGAGGGACUGAAAGCCAAGUGGGAGCAGGUGAACACAGCAUAUCAAGGCGGUACGCACGUGACCAACUUGGAUACGAUGGGUAAGCUGAAGCGGAAGGAGAAACACGAGGCUGAACUGUCCCAGCUCGAAAAGGACAUUGAAAAGCUCAGCAAGAGGAGCAUCCACAUCAAUUCAGAAGCCUGA